CGGGGGAGGGAGAGGGACGCGGGUGGGAGCUGUGGGAGCCGCGGCGCCUAGGACUCCGGGCCGAUUAUUCCGAGAAGCGUCCCGAUAGCUGCGGGCACCCGGAGGACCCCAGGGGAGGAAGGAGAGACCGGGCCGGGGACUGUUCCGCGGGUCGGUAUGGUGGCCCUCCUUAACCUGUGUGUUGGGGGUUGGGGGGCGUAUUUAAGAAUGUGGAAUUUCUCUAUCCGGGUCCUCCUCCUGCUGAAGCAACUCAGAAUAAUUCUGCUCCCUUUCCUACUGCAAGGAGAAGCUGUCUCCUGUCACCUUUUUUUGCCUUUUAGGGCUCAGAUCAGCUGCAGAAUAAUGCUCCUGGCGAUGCCCUGCUGUCCAGAUUUUGAGAUGGAGCCAGUGAACAGUUCUUUGGAAAGUCAUUUCUAAUCUCAGAUGACCUAGGCAGCACUAAACGAUAAGAAAUGGUUUGUGUUUGUGAGGAAGGAAGCAGAUACAAGAAGUCAGGAAUAAAAGAGAAUGGGAUACAAAGACUCGGGGUUAAGAUUUCACUAUGUUGCUGCUGGAGAAAGAGGCAAACCACUCAUGCUGCUGCUUCAUGGAUUUCCAGAAUUCUGGUAUUCUUGGCGUCAUCAACUGAGAGAAUUUAAAAGUGAAUACAGAGUCGUUGCGCUGGAUUUGAGAGGUUAUGGAGAGUCGGAUGCCCCUACUCAUCAAGAGAGUUACAAACUGGACUGUCUAAUUGCAGACAUAAAGGAUAUUUUGGACUCUUUAGGGUACAGCAAAUGUGUCCUGAUCGGCCACGACUGGGGAGGCAUGAUUGCCUGGCUGAUUGCUGUCUGCUACCCUGAGAUGAUAAUGAAGCUCAUCGUUAUUAACUUCCCACAUCCAAGUGUGUUCACAGAGUAUAUACUGCGGCACCCUGCCCAGCUCUUCAGAUCCAGCUUUUAUUACUUCUUCCAAAUACCACGGUUCCCAGAGUUUAUGUUCUCAAUUAAUGAUUUCAAGGCUUUGAAGCACCUGUUUACCAGUCAGAGCACUGGCAUUGGAAGGAAAGGACAGCAGCUGACAACAGAAGAUCUAGAAGCUUACCUUUAUGUCUUUUCUCAGCCUGGAGCACUAAGUGGUCCAAUUAACCACUAUCGAAACAUUUUCAGCUGCCUGCCUCUCAAGCAUCACAUGGUGACGACCCCGACACUGCUUCUGUGGGGAGAGGAAGAUGCAUUUAUGGAGGUUGAGAUGGCCGAGGUCACAAAGAUUUAUGUUAAAAAUUAUUUCAGACUCACCAUUUUGUCAGAAGGUAGCCACUGGCUUCAGCAAGACCAGCCUGACAUAGUGAAUGGACUGAUAUGGGAAUUCCUGAGGGAAGAAACAAGGAGAGACUGACUUUAUCUCCUACGGGGACUUGCUCAUGGAAUCUCCAAAAACCUCUUAAAAAUUUGUUCCUCAACUUAUGUUUUAUUAGAAAAAAUACCUGUUUUAAUAAGCUUGAUUAUAAAUAAAUAUAGUGACACAUGGUACUGAAAAAUCAA